AUGGGCUACGAGUACGUGCAGGAAGCCGACGCGUGGCUGCGCCUGCACAUCGUGCCGGCUGAUUGGCAAGACGCCCGCUUACGAUGCCAUCUUGAAGGUGGCGUUUUAACUUCACCUACAAGCAGUGCACUUACCAAAGCGAUGAUUGCCAUAAUGGCGGCGAACCAGGUGACCAUGAGGCAGGUGUUCACCGGGAUACAAGCCGUCGUCGCCAGAGGCCACUUUAUGACUAUAGACGGUAUACCAUUAAGUAAUCUCUCCCUCCGCUGGGCCGACAACGAGCCCAACAAUGCGAACAACAACGAAGACUGCUUGGUCAUGAACAGCGAAGGCGAAGUAGCUGACGUGAACUGUGCUAACGUAUAUCCUUUCUUUUGUACUAAGAAGAGCUCUAAGAUGACUGUCAACAAGUGCGGUAAUACGGACAAUGAAAAGGAACUUCGAAAUUUUCUCUACAUGGCAAAAGAACCAGCAAUUAAAUGUCGGUUAUGUACUACAGAGUACCACCUGGAGCCACGCAUCGGCAGCUGCUACAAGUUCCACCAGGUCCCCCGGACCUGGCACCAGGCCGCCGCCGCUUGCUUCUCUGAAGGAGGCCAUCUCGCCAUCAUCAACAGCCCUAUAGAGUCCCAGGUCCUGAAGGAGUUGUUCGCGAAAUACCCUGAGAACACGUUGCGGGUGAAAUACCCUCAUGUUGCCAUGAUUGGCUUUUGGGACUGGAAUGAGCAUGCAAGGAAUGGAGAGUGGUUUACAAUUUUUGGAGAGACACUAACCGACGCUGGUUUCUCAACAUGGGCUCCGAACGAGCCGAACAACGCGUUUGGGAUCGAGUUCUGCGGCUCCAUAGUCCGCGACGGGCUGCUCAACGACUUCGAGUGCAACACCACCGCUGUGUUCAUCUGCGAGAUUACUCGCACAUAAGUUUAUGUUGGAUUGAGCA